AUAUUUUUAAACUCGUUCACAACAUCUUCCAUAUCUUGCGAUAUCUUUAACGUGCCAUUUAAGAUUGUUUUAAUGUCUGAGAGGUUUGUGCUAACUUCGUUUACCGAUCGUUUGAAAUCGCGAAUUGCGCGAAAGAACUUUAGAAAAGAAAAGCACAUGCUUGUGUAGCAGUCGCCGAAGCAAAGAGUUCUUAAAAAACAAGAACAUGUAUUUCAAAUUUUAAUGCAAUUUCCAACUUCGUACUUACCCUUUUCAACCUCUACCAACAAUUAUGUUACAUUUUUGAAACUGUUAGAAAAGAGUAAUAGGCACGAAGUUGUAUUUUCGAAUGUAAAGCAAAAUUCGAACGACAGCUGUUGCAACAACAUCGUUCUCUAAUGCCGAAAGUGAUUUACAACUGUGAGUAUAGAUACAACUUUAAGUGAAGAUGUUUUGAAAAAACCUUAGAUAGUGGUAAGUUUAGUUGUAUUUUUCCUAUAUUUGUUCUUGUUUAUCUAAAUGUAAACAAAUAAACAAACAAACAGCAAGCAAGUAAAACAAAAAAGGGGAAACUGCUUUUGUCUCGAAUUAACCUUAUCGGAAACACAACUCGCUUGCUGCACGAUAUUUCAAAUUUUGUUUUGUUUUUUGUUUAUGCUUGCUUGCCCAAAUGUUUAUUGUAAUGUUUAUGACAACUUACAUUAUUGUCAACAGGUUGUAUAGAAGGUGGGUAAAAUUGUUUUUAUCUCCACGUCACGGACGACGAUCGUAAUAAUUGUAACCUCGUUCCCAAUUUCUUUUGUUACGACGUGGUAAAAGUACUUUUUUAUAACAACGAACUUUAUAGGAACAUAUGGCUUCUGAGGUCCACAACUUUAGAACAUGUUAAGAACAUUUUAGGGUUUUGUCAAUACUAAGUGCUUAAAUGCUCCUUUAAACUUCAAAAAUGAUAAAAUAUGAGAAAAAUUAAGAACAAUUUAAGAACAUUUUGAGGCUUUAAAUUGAAAAAGUUAAGAACAUUUAAAAGCUUCAUUUAAGUUGAGUGUUCUUAUAAAAAAAGUUUAGUUUGUCAAAAAGGCAAAGGAAGUCUUAUUAGCGAUGUUGUGAAUAAUAUCUAUUUCUUUAUUCUAUCUUUUCUUUUUCUAGUUAUGGCACCAGCAGCGUUUUUGGAGCCAGUUUGGCAGCACCUCGAAAAACUCCCUCUCCCGCCCUAUCUUUCUUUGCUUAUCAUCAUUCUUCUGUUGGCGUUAGCAAUUGCUUUACCCAUCGUUAUUAUAUUAUUUUUUGGUAAACAAUGUGGAAAAUGUUGCCGCAAGAUGUUUGGCUGUUGUAUCAAGUUAUGCAGAGGAGCUCUAGCUGCUGAUGACGUCGACUACAGUCACAUCCAGUUAACAAAUAGGACAUUUUAUGAAAAGAUCCAUCCUUCUGCUGAUGAGUUAGAGUUUAGCGCCGAUCAAGUUGAUGACGAUAAGUUUGGAAUACAGCUUGGUCGUGUAAGAUUUGGGUUGGAAUAUGAUGUUGACGCAGAAUCGUUAAGUGUUACAAUCUAUGAAGCAAGAGAUCUCCCCUCUGCUGAUGAAGGUGGUGCGUCUGAUCCAUACAUUCGAGUGAUGCUUUUGCCCGAUACGAAACGACGUUACGAAACUAUCGUGUUGGAUGCAACUUUAAAUCCUGUUUAUGAACAAACGUUCACCUUUAAAAAUCUACCCAAUUCAGAACUGUUGAAUCGAACGCUGUGCAUACGUGCUUUGGAUUAUGAUACAUUCCCGGGACACGAUAUCCUUGGGGAAACUCUUAUACCGAUCAUUGAUAUAAAUAUUGCAAAGCCGAUAGAAAUGUGGCGGAUUUUAGUUCCAGGUUAUGAUGUGGACAACCCGGGGGAAUUCCGACAAUCUGUUUCGGAAUAUGGCGAUAUAUGUCUAGCAAUGCAGUACAUGCCUGCCACUGGAAAAUUGUCAGUUUUUUUAAUCGAAUGUAAGAACUUGAAAAGUGUUGAUGAAGGGGGAGUAUCUGAUCCUUUUGUCAAAGUAACAAUGUUUCAACGCAAAAAGAAAGUAAAAACACAAAAGACGCGAUACAUUAAACAGACUUUAAACCCUUAUUACAACGAGGAAUUCACCUUUAAACUCGAUGCAGCAUUAGUGCCGGUAACCGACAUCCGGUUUCUAGUUCUUGAUUAUGACUUGUUUGGUGGUGCCGACGUCAUAGGACAAAUAACCGUGGGUGCUCACUCUUACGGACCUCAGUUAAGACACUGGAGGGACAUGUUAUUGUCACCUCACAGACCUGUAGCUUGCUGGCAUAUGUUGAGGUCCAAGCCGAAACCUGGAGAAGAGGAUUGAAAGUUUGUGGAAGUUUUAUUAAGACACGCCGGCAAAAGCUGCAAUGGCUUUUCAUUCGGAUUGUUCGCCAACCAAUUUAUAUCCUUUAUGGUGGUAAUUAGGUUUUGUACUCAUUUCUGCUUAGGAAAAGAUAAUUUGCGAAAGAAAUCUUUUGCUACACUUUUUUUGCGGAACUUAUUUUUCAAAAUAUCUGAUUUCUUGUAUGAAAAAUCGUUUAUCCGCAAGAAUUUCUUUUGCAAAUUUUCCAUUUCUUGUAUUCGCAACAACUGUUUUUUAUGAAGAUAACGCAUUAGGCUCAGAUAGGGGACUGAUGACAGAAAAUGUCAAAAUUUGCUAUUACUUGAAUAUGACAUCAUAAUUUACGCAGCAUAAUUAAAUCUGAAAUUCUUUAAAUGUAAAUAUGAUAUGAAAAACGAAAA